AUGCUCCUUUGUGGGCUGUCUGACAAGGAGCUGAAGCACAGCCAGCUGCUGCACGACCUGGCCGGGGGCUGGUGCCACGAGCUCUCGGAGCGCUGGCGCUUCGACGAGCGGAUCUUCGAGUUCCUGACUUGGUUGCGAGUCGACGAGCCUGAGCAGGUGCCGCUGCGGGAGGCCCGACGGCGCUUCCCGAGGCGGGAGGAGCCCGACGUGAGCCUGGUCAUCUCCCAUGCCAAGCGGCUGCAGAUCAACGAGCGGGAGAACCGCCGGCUCGCGCCCGCCGAUGCCCUGGUGGUGCAGUACGAGGCUCGCGGGGCGGUGCCGACGAAUGCGCCGCAGACCAUGAGGGUCUGGCCGGGGCUGCGAUUGAUCGGGGCCUGA